AGGCGGCGCGUCGCUGAUUACGUAAACGACUGAGGCCUUACAGUUCCACUGACUCGUGUGUACGAGCUGCCAGCUUGCAAUUCUCGGGGCUGAGCUCCUGUAAUACCUGCGAUCCAAAAGCACCAACGCCAGCUACACCAGCUGCCGCCUGAACAUGGACUCCGCUAGCCAAGAUAUCAACCUGAAUUCUCCUAACAAAGGUGUGCUGUCUGAUUUUAUGACUGAUGUCCCUGUUGACCCAGGUGUGGUCCACCGGACUCCAGCUGUAGAGGGCCUGACAGAGGUGGAGGAAGAAGAGCUUCGGGCUGAGCUUGCUAAGGUGGAAGAAGAAAUUGUCACUCUGCGCCAGGUGCUGGCAGCCAAAGAGAGGCACUGUGGAGAGCUAAAAAGGAGGCUGGGCCUUUCCACCUUAGGGGAGCUGAAGCAGAACCUGUCUAGGAGCUGGCAUGAUGUGCAGGUCUCUACUGCCUAUGUGAAAACGUCUGAGAAACUUGGAGAGUGGAAUGAGAAAGUGACGCAGUCUGACCUCUACAAGAAGACUCAAGAAACUCUUUCACAGGCUGGACAGAAAACAUCAGCUGCCCUGUCCACCAUGGGCUCUGCCAUCAGCAGGAAGCUUGGAGACAUGAGGGCUCAUCCGUUCUCCCAAUCCUUUAGCAGCUACUCCAUCCGCCACUCGAUAAGUAUGCCUGUCAUGAGGAAUUCUGCAACCUUCAAGUCAUUUGAAGACCGAGUGGGGACCAUAAAGUCUAAGGUUGUGGGUGGCAGAGAGAAUGGCAGCGAUAACCUCCCUUCCUCACCUGGAAGUGGUGACCAGACAUUGCCGGAUCACACGCCUUUCUAAGCCUGUCCUAGCUUGCCAGCCACAGAAUACAGAAGCACACCCUCAUCAUCACAGCUGCAACUCUGCAUGACAGAGCAACCAGUCAGAGACAGUGAAGAGCUGGUUUUGAAGACAGUCAUACCCAUGUUCAUGCAGAUGUGGCUGCCUUGGCAUGAAUUAGAGAACAGUCUUGUACAUAAAUGUUUUACACUAAAGUUCAUAGAUGAAGCA